CCUUUGCCUUGCUCUCUCUCUCCACCCCCUACGCCUUCGCCUGUGGACUCCAAGCUGACAUUCCACUUCUCCAGCAACACACACACAUACACACACACACACUUUCCCUUCUCAGUGUCCUCACUCUCUCCACACAGUCGUCAGGCAGUGCUGGGGACCACACACAGGACUUUUGGGACUUCUUUGGACUCUUUGCGUCGUGUUGGAUUGUAUUUGUGUGUGUAGCAUUGGUCGGCGGGGAUCGUGGAGUGUGUGUGUGUGUGUGUGUGUGUGUGAGAGAGAGAGCGGGAUCCUGAGGCAGACAGGCAGGCAGGCAGGGAGUGGCUGCAUUGGGGCUGGAAUGUGCCGCGAGAGGGAAGAGAAGUGAGGGAGCGUGGAACAAGAACAGCCCCAGCAGCCAGAGCACUCGCACUCACUUUUUUUUUUUCCUUUCCUGUUCUCCCUCUCCCCUCGCCCUCUCUCUCUUCCUCUCGCGCUCACUCUGCCUUUUGUCUUCUCAGCGUUCACUUUUUCUGCCUUUCUUGUAACUCUCGGUGGCUUUCAUGUGUCCACUGAGCUCUUAGUGAGUUCUCCUGCCCCUUACCCACCCCUCCUGGAGUCUACUGCCCCUUAGCCACCCCUCCUGGAGUCUACUGGCCUGACAUUCCUGGAGUACAGAGGGGUUGUGUUGUCCCCCACCGCCUUGUGGACAUUUUGGCUGCUUUUUUGUUGUUGUUGUACUUCAAUCUAACGGGAUCUAGAGGACGGUGCUGAUCUAAAGGACUGGAUCUGCUGCUGGACUGAGGCCUCUUGGCCACCUGGCCACACUCCUGUGUUGUUGUGAUGUGCGUUGUGGAGUGUGCGGUGCGGUGCGUUGCUGGGGGCUAUGGCGUGGUGGCACUGGUGAAUGUGAGGGAGCGAUGAGGAGCGGGGUGGGGGGUCCCCAUGUCGCGGGCUGUUAGGCCACCGCACGUCCACUCGUGGAAGGGGGUGCUCAAGCUCUUCAGCUGCAUCGCCGCACGCAGCAGCACCACCGACACUAGUGACACCCCAACCCCUAAGGCCAAAGAGGUCGACCCAUUUCAGGAAAAGACGCGAGACUUACUUGGGAAUCAUAUGGACGACGAAAUGAGUCGCCAGCCUGCGCCAGCGCUGCCCACCGGUACGUCCAAGAGCACCCCGUCCCAGCGCGUCCCCACCCUGUCGGGCACCACGGCCUCCAACAGCGACCUGGCCAGCCUGUUUGAGUGCCCGGUGUGCUUCGACUAUGUGCUGCCGCCCAUCCUGCAGUGCCAGAGUGGCCACCUGGUGUGCAGCAACUGCCGGCCCAAGCUGACCUGCUGCCCCACCUGCCGCGGGCCCCUGGGCUCCAUCCGCAACCUGGCCAUGGAGAAGGUGGCCAACUCGGUGCUCUUCCCUUGCAAAUACGCCUCGUCGGGCUGCGAGGUGACGCUGCCGCACACGGACAAGGCGGAGCACGAGGAGCUGUGCGAGUUCCGGCCCUACUCGUGCCCGUGCCCCGGCGCCUCGUGCAAGUGGCAGGGCUCGCUGGACGCGGUGAUGCCGCACCUGCUGCACCAACACAAAUCCAUCACCACGCUGCAGGGGGAGGACAUCGUCUUCCUGGCCACGGACAUCAACCUGCCGGGCGCGGUGGACUGGGUGAUGAUGCAGAGCUGCUUCGGCUUCCACUUCAUGCUGGUGCUGGAGAAGCAGGAGAAGUACGACGGCCACCAGCAGUUCUUCGCCAUCGUACAGCUCAUCGGCACGCGCAAACAGGCCGAGAACUUCGCCUACCGCCUGGAGCUGAACGGCCACCGGCGCCGGCUGACGUGGGAGGCCACGCCGCGCUCCAUCCACGAGGGCAUCGCCACCGCCAUCAUGAACAGCGACUGCCUGGUGUUCGACACCUCCAUCGCGCAGCUGUUUGCCGAGAACGGAAACCUGGGCAUCAACGUCACCAUAUCCAUGUGCUGAGGACACAACCACAUACACACACACACACACACACACGCACACACACACACACACACACACACACACACACACACACACACACACACGCCACCCCAGGCUGUUUUUUCGCACACACAAAAAGAAAAUACACUUACACACACACACACACACACACACAGAUGUACACAGAUGCAUACUGACGAAACAGACAUGGACAUAACAUGACCCACACAUGCAAAUGCACUUGACAGAAAACACACACACACACCUACUCACCACACACAUGGACGCAUUUCUGGGUUUUACUGAAAAACAUGAAGGGGACGAAAAAAAAAGUGGGGCGGGAGGGUUUGUCUGGCCAGCUUGGAAGUUGGAAGUUAUUGCCCCUCCCCUUCUUCUCCGCAUCUACCUGGCUGCUGUGCGAUUGAGUGGGAAGUGGCUGGGCUGGGGUGGUGUGGUGUGGCGUUGCACUGGGCUGCUAGGCCUAGCUGGUUUGAUGUGGCGUUGCACUAGCAAGUGUGGCGCUGCAGCGAGCUGCUGGGCCCGGGUGCUGUGGUGCUGUGCUGCACUGCUCGACCUCGCUGACCUCUAGGGUGGAGCUGCACCGCUAGGCCCUAACUGGCUGUUGUGGUGCUGCUCUGCCCUGCACUGGCCUGGCCUCCUCCAGGGCUGGGCUGGGCUGCUAGACCUGGAGAUGAUGCACACAGGACGUCACAGACUGCUAGCUGGGUCUGUGGGGUGGGGGUGAAGGGCUGGGUUUAAAGAGACCCUGCCCCUCUCCCCCUCCUCCUCCCUUCCCCUGCCGUGGCAGAGGCUGGCAUGGCGGGCAGCGUUGAGGAGUGUGGAGCAGCAUCCAGAGCCAGUCUGCUGUGGAGAGGAGAGGAGCAGAGCCGAGCCGAGCCAGCGCGGGGCUGCAGGCUGGGAAUGUGGAGGAGCAGAGUAGCUGGGCAGCCGUGGACAAUUUUUAAGUUCUAAAGCAGUCUCCGUUUGUUUUUUUUCUCUUCUGUAUUUCCUUUUUUUUUUUUUUUUCAAAUCCCCUCCUCCCCCCUACCCACCCAUUCUAAAAUGUAUAUAGAGUUAAAAACAUUUCAGUUUAAAUUUGAAUUAAAAAAAGUACGAUUUUGUUUUUAUUAUUGACCAUUUUUCCUUUUGAUUCCUUUAAUUAUGGGACUGUAAUUAUUAUUGUAAUUAUUUUUUUGUUAUGUUCAAGAGAAGAUUGAAAUUGGUUGUUUUUAUUUUAUUAAUUUUCUUUUUUAAAUGUUGUCUUUGGUGUGUACAGGGGGGUGGGGGGCAGGACAGAAUUAAAUAGCUCUGUGGUCCUUAUCUUCGUUUAUUGUUUUUGUUUGUUUGGCCAUUAAAUAAAUCUAUCUUUUUCAUA